AAAUCAACAAAAUCAGGUGACAUGUCGCGAUCAUCUGUGACAUUUUUCAAUGAAUGAAAACGAAAACUUGAAAGUUCGUAAUUGUUUUUGGAACUUUCUUGUAAAAUUUGAAGAAAAUGUCGACCGUAAUGAUAGUUUUAAAGUUAUGACCGAGUUUCGUGGCUCUUUGGUGAUUAGUUCUUUGAAAUGUAGUUGAAUACAGUUUCUAGUUAAUGCGUUAACACCGUAAUCGAAUUGACCCACUAUUAGCCAUCGCUGGUAAACAAUUCGCAGUAUUCCAAGUAUUUUCAAAUUAUCUACACGGAAAACUAGGUAAGUAAACCUUGGAAGAAUGGAACCUUUAACCAGCAUGGUAUGUCCUGUUUGCUCGUUAUACCUUCGAGAAGGUAUUUCCCUCAAGAGUCACUUACAAACUCACUCGAAAGAUAAAGUUAUCGAAGCUCUGCUCAAUAAGCAGAUUUCAGACGGUGCUACGUCAGAUGCGGAUGCGUUUACUUCGUUGAUUCGAGAUUCGUCGUCGAUAUCUUUAUCGUCGGAAAAUCGAGUUACGAGUUAUAGUCACAGUACGUUAUCAAUUUUACCCACUCCGACGUACGUACAACCUGCGAAUCAGUCAUCUUCGGCUUUAAACUGCAGCCAAAGUAUACCUUCGGGUAUUCAAUACAUGCCGACGUUGGGUAAUAAUGUAAUAGCGACGCAGACCAUGGUUGGUAACUCGUGUCAGUCGAAUUUAACGUAUCAACAAUUCGUUACGAAUGACGGAAACAUCGUGUUGAUUCCGAUGUACACGCCGCAGCCGCAGCCGCCGCCGAUGAUGGUUUCGAAUAAUUUGCUUACACCUCCGGUAAUCAAUUCGUGUAUCGUGGUGCCUCCAACGCCUGCCAACAACGUAGCUCCGGUCACCGUAGUAGAUGGCGGCGUAACUCACGAUACGACUAGGCUAACCGUGUCUCCGCCGUGUGUAAGUUUGUUGGAAACGAGUUCGUGCGAUUUGCGUAACGUACAGAGUUCUCCGGCGCGUAGCCCGUCCAUUGUACCGGAUGUUUCGAAAAGUCCGACCGACGAUUUCGAGAAAGAAAACGACGCCGAAGUUGCUAAUAUAUUUCAAAUGCCCGCUGCUACUACCAGUUCGGUAGUGCAAAGGGCGGUUAACGACGAGGCUGUGCAAUCUACUGCCACCGUGGUGGAGGACGUAGACGUGGACGAUAAAUCAAGCUGCCUAUCCUACGAUCAGGUCGAAGAAGAUGGUCGUAUCUAUUCGGUCGUCGGUACUCCGUUUUCGAGCCGAGAUUACGAAAACGACUCGGAACCGUCGAAAUCGCCCAUAUCUCCGGAUGUUUCCAUCAUAAAACUACAUAACGAACUGAAUUACGAAAGUGAAAACUCAGAUUACGCUCAGGAGGCUGAAGCGGAAGAUUCGGCGUCCACUGGUGGUACAAUUCUGAAAUCGGACGAAGGCGAAGGCGAGGGCGAGGGCGAGUUCGACAGAUGCGAACACAGUUACGGUAAAAGUUGCAAAUCUCCUGUGCCGCUCGUCGACAACAAAACGUACACUUCUCCUAUUCACAGCCCGGCUCCGAUGGAGGAUUCUCGUCGAAACGGACAAUUCGAUUUCAUCGUUUCGAAUUCGGACAACGCGACGCAUAUUUUACCCGAUCGACUGGACGAGUCAGCCACCUCAACUUCGAAGAAUUACGAAAAAGACCAUUAUAUUCUGCCCAAUAACGAUAUACCCAGAACGUCGCCGGUAAACGCCGAUUAUAGUUUUAUCGGUCUGAGGAGUAGCUUUUCCACGUCAGCUUCGCUGAUUUCAUCCGUCAACAAAACCAUGUUCGCCGACGUCGACGUAUACGCUGUCGAGAAAAACGAACAGAAUUUUUUCGAAAAAUGCGAAAACGAUAACGCGAUGAAUUUAAUGAAAGACGAUUUCUACACCUCGCAACAGCGACAAGCUCGUUACGCUAAGAUGAACACUACCACCGAGGAGAAAAUCAGAGAGAACUACAAAGGAAUAAACGAACUGUUGUUGGAUUCAGCCGGCAGCUCUCGUAUUAGCCCUUUCGAUAUUCAAACCGACGAAAGUAUGCCAGCUCGAGGAGAAUUAUCGGGACAAGAGAGUCUCAGCGGUACCGAGAAUUCCAUUUGGGAAUUACAGGUGCAGCGAAACUCUUACGUUCAAAGGUGUAAUGUUCCGUUCAAAAACGAAAAUGCUGAUAUGAAGAUCGGACUGCAAUCUUUGAUGACUGAAAUUAAUAUCAAAAUGGAUGCGGAUACGUUCAGAAACGUCGAGCCUGUUUCUGUCGAAGAAGAUAGUAAACUAGUUGUUCAAAAAUUAUUCAAGAAAAAAAUCGCUCGGGAAUUUCGAUGUUUCUUUUGCAAAGAUAAAUUCGAGACUUGGAAAUCGCGUCAUCUGCACAUUUCCAACGUACACGCCGAAGAGGACGGUCUGACGAUCGAAUUUCUAUUCGGUAAAAAGGUGAAACUAGAAGACGACGAAGACGUGGCGAAAAUGGAAGAAGACGACGACGACGACGCCGACGCCGACGCGACCGACUUGACGACCAGCAACGAGAUGAUCAUGUGUCGCAUUUGCAGCGAAAAUUUCGAAACCAGCUUAUCGUUUUUGGAGCAUCUGCGAUACGUGCACGGUAUCAAAAGGCGUAAUUGCGUAUGCCCGACGUGUCUGGUGGAUUUCGGUAACCUGGACGACUACCAAGAACAUAUCCAAAAAGUACACCCGUACGAAUGCAUGACUUGCGGUAAAAAAUUCCACACCAGACCGGGCUACAUGCUGCAUCAAAAACGUCACAUGAAGGUUAAACCGUACGGUUGCGACGUGUGCGAUAAAUCAUUCGUAACGAAGCAAAAGCUCACCGAACAUAUCAACGUGCACACCGGCGAGAAUCCGAUCAAAUGCGACAUGUGCGAUUCGACGUUCAAACGGUAUUCCAACUACCAGCAGCAUAAGAAAUUUCUGCACAUGAAUACGAAGCGAAAAUUGAAGGAUUUCAUAUGCGAUUGCGGAGACGUUUUCCAUAGUAAAACCAAGCUGCUGUGGCAUCGCGAAAUACACGACGCCAAACCGAAACAGUGCCCGUUUUGCGUCGAACGGUUCAUACAUACGGCCAGCCUGACCCGGCACGUGCGUAAAUGGCACAACGAGAACUAUCUGUCCGAUUUGGUGGACAAGAAGAAGAUCAAGAACGUCGUCUGCCCGGUUUGCAAUAUCACCUAUCUGCAUACGUCGUUGCAGACUCACAUGAAAAUUCACGAAGGCAUUAAACCUUUCUCUUGCGGCGAAUGCUCCAAGACUUUUCGAACCAAAUGGAACUUGCAGCUGCAUCGCUGGACCCAUAUGUCCAGAUCGUCUAAACCGUACAAAUGCAAGCUGUGCGUCAAAGCUUACAUCCAUAAGACCGAUUACGACGCGCAUCUCAGGUCGCAUAGUAAUUUGCGACCGUACUCGUGUAACGUAUGCGGCCGUCAGUUUAUUCGCAAGUAUAAUUGUAUUCGACAUAUGCGAGAGCACAAGGAACCCAGAACGUACAAAUGUAACAUCUGCAAGAAAAUGUUCUCGCGCAGUUAUUACCUUACCGAGCAUCAUAAAACGCAUACUGGAGAGAAACCUCAUACGUGUCACGUGUGCGGUAAAACCUCCGCCACCAAGUCCAAUCACAAUAAACACGUCAAGAUGCAUAAUAAUAUCAGAGAGUCGGUCAAUUCCGAGGGUUAGAAGCGAUCCUACAGUUGAUUUUAUUUCCAACGACGCGACGCGACGCGAUGAUCCGAACGAGACUGAUUGGUGGUCUGUACGCGAGUGUUUAAAAAUUCGAGACCAUUAUUUUUUUUUCUAAAUUUUUAAAUUUUUAUCAUCGAACGAUAGCCGAAUGCAAAUUCGGAACUCAUUUCAUUUUUACAAGCAUCGUAUCGAGUGUUCUGUAAUUCACAAAAUUCGUUUUCUAGUCCGGCAUAUGGCAAUAGAAAUAAUUGCUACCCCACCCCCACCCCGUGACCCGCUGGGAUAACUCUUUUCUUGAAAGGGACGCUCUAAGGAACAGUUUAAACUUGAAGCAAAAUUGGCCUUACUAAUUACAAAAUAACGGCCAUUUUGAUUGACAGGUCAGCCGAUCGCGCGAAACCACAGAUUUUGCCUCCAGCAUAAAACUCGCACGAAAUUUGUUGAAUUGGACCAAGAUAGAUCGAAAGAGCAUGCUAAAAUUUAUCACUAGCCAAAAUUUCAAGUGCAGAAUGUAUUUUUCGAUUUUUUGUGAAUUUUUGACAAUCAAAUUACGGAUAAAAAUGACCGAGGGGGGGGGAAUCACAAUUUAACCGAAUUGACCUAGAAAGCUGAAAUUUGGAAUGUACCCUACUUUCGACCUGCUUAAUCGAUUAGAAACGGUUUCAAACGAUUUUGAGCAGAUCUGGAGCCUCCAGUAGACUUUUGAAACUUGAAAUUUCCACAAAAUUUCAUCAAAUGGAUCUAUUAAAACCGAAAUUCACUCUGGAAACCAGUUUCAAUACGCUAUGAAGUCGACAGCAAGUGGAUUGAUUUCAAGUUGUUUUGGAGCCUAUAGUGACUUUUGGAAACUACCGGAGCCUCUCCGCUACAUUUUUUCAACUUGAAAAUUUCUACUAUAUUGCAUCUAAUAGAGUUGGAAAGCCAAAAUUGACUCUGCACAGUACGUGCCGACGUUACUGGGGACGGAUUUUGUGGCAUUUUUUUGAUAAACAGAACGUUCUAAAAAUCGGCUAGAGACUCCAAAAUGAAUUGAAAUUACCCACGUCUACUUCGAACUCGUAAUCUCCAAAAAAGGAGUUAUGAAAAAAUUGAGACAUUUUUGAAGUGACCAAAAAAGUAAACCGCUUCAAUUUUCACGCUUCUGGCGAAAUUUUAACCUACAUGGAUAGGUCGCAUGUUUCAGACUAGAAUACACCGAUUUUGAAAAAAAUUACGAGUACCCUAUCGGCCACGAAGGUCUAAAAAACAGCUAGUACCUUCGGAACGACUCGAAAUCAACCUGCAGUCGACUUCGUAGCAUUGAAAUUAGUUUCCAGAGUGAAUUCCCGCUGUAGAAUUCUGUUUGAUGUUUACCGGAGGCUCCGCGAAUUUUCAAAAAGUCGCCGAAGGCUCCAAAAUGACAUAAUACACCCACCACCAGUCGACUUGAUAACGUGUUGAAGUUGAAUUGCAGCGUGGAUUUCGGAUUUCCAACUGCAUUCGAUGACAUUUUUGUGGAAAUUUCAGGAUUCAAAAAUUUGCACGAGGCUGCAGAUCUAUUCAAAACGGUUUGAAGCUUUGGCAGGUCGAAAAUAGGGGAUAUCCCAAACUUGCGCUUCCUAGGUCAAUUUAGUAAAAUUUUGGUUUUUUUCUCAUUUUUUGGCUUGAAUUUGAUUUUUAAACAUUUACCAAAAUUCGAAAAAUACUUUUUAGCACUUGAAAUUUUGGCUAGUGAUGAAUUUUUGAAUGCUCUUUCGAUGUAGCUUGGUCCAGUUCAAGAAAUUUCGUGCGAGCCCUAUAUUGGACAGCAAAAUCUGCGAUUACGGCUGACCUGUCAAUCGAAAUGGCAGCCAUUUUGUUGGUACCAAAGGCCAAAUUUUGCUUAGCAAGUUUGCUGAAAACUGUUCCUCAGGAUAUCCCCUUUAGGAAAAAAGUUUUCCAGAGGGUUGGUGGGGGAGGGGGGCGGAGGAGGUGCAAUUAUUCCUAUUGUCAUUUGUCGGCUUAUUAUGAAACCCGCUUGGUUUAGAAUUCGUCGAACACGUUGUACAUUUUUUUCUCAUGGAAUAUUUUAAUUAGCCUAACGUGUAAAUUUAUUGUUUUUGGAUGCGAAUUACGGCCCGUUUCAAUCAUGAAACGGUGUAUGUAUUUUUUAUUUAGGUGUGUAUGUACUUAAAAUUAUCACGUACGACAAUGUGUCGACGAUUAGUUGAAUUGUUUUGUUUUUUUUUCUCUUUUAUUUGUUUUCUUUUUUUCUUCGGCACUACUUUUAAUUUUUAAUUUGUUCGUGUCCUUUUAUUAAAAUUUUCGUUCUAUCAAAGAAGACGCUCGCGAGAUCGAGUAUUUUUUAUUUCAAAGCAUCCCUGUGUACCUACUUGCGAUUUUUACUUUUCUUUUUUUUUCUUUUUUUUUUCGGAGAGAGAUAGAGGAGUGAUUUUACACUUUUCAAGUUCAAGCCAAAGAUGCAAAACAAAGUAUCGUUGAAAUUGCCAACUUCAACGAUACCGAUGAUUUUUCUCAAUCACUCUUUCUCGUUUUCUGUUUUGAAAAUGAAAAAUUGAUGCCUCGAUACCUCUCUACCUGUGUACAUGUACACACCAUGUACACCUAUAGGUACUUACCUCUUACCUAAUUUGCUUUGAUUUUUUUCUUUCUUUUUUUACAUAUUAUUUUUAUGUAUCGACGCGUUCCUCUUAUACAUAUUUCGUGUAAACGAUUUUUUUCUGUUUUUCAAUUUUAAACGUAUAUUAAAGAUAUCGUAUUGUAAUAUUUUAUUACGGCGAACAAACUAGUCACGAGUAGUAUAUUAAUUUUUUGUCUUUAUAUGAUGUAAAUUGUCAUAUAAUGAGGGGAAUUAUUGUACGAUAUAACGAAAUAAAAUACAUAAAUGCUAUUUUCAUUCCAACAA